GCCCCGCCCCCUCGCUUCCCCCUCGCUGUCUCGCACCGCCUGCGCUGUCGCUGCCGCCGCUGUGGGCCCGGCUCCGCUCCGCCUGCUCCGCCGCCUUCCUCCCUGAGCGCUGCCCGGCCGGCCGCCAUGGCGAACGUGGCCGACACGAAGCUGUACGACAUCCUGGGCGUCCCGCCCGGCGCAAGCGAGAACGAGCUGAAAAAGGCAUACAGAAAGUUAGCCAAGGAAUACCAUCCUGAUAAGAAUCCAAAUGCUGGUGACAAAUUCAAAGAAAUAAGUUUUGCAUAUGAAGUACUAUCAAACCCUGAGAAGCGCGAGUUAUAUGACAGAUAUGGAGAACAAGGUCUUCGGGAAGGUAGCGGUGGAGGUGGUGGCAUGGAUGAUAUUUUCUCUCACAUUUUUGGUGGGGGAUUAUUUGGCUUCAUGGGCAAUCAGAGCAGAAGUCGAAAUGGCAGAAGAAAAGGAGAAGACAUGAUGCAUCCACUCAAAGUAUCUUUAGAAGAUCUGUAUAAUGGCAAGACAACCAAACUACAACUUAGCAAGAAUGUACUCUGUAGCGCAUGCAGUGGCCAAGGUGGAAAGUCCGGAGCUGUUCAGAAGUGUAGUGCUUGUCGGGGUCGAGGUGUACGCAUCAUGAUCAGACAGUUGGCUCCAGGGAUGGUACAGCAGAUGCAGUCUGUGUGUUCCGACUGUAAUGGAGAAGGAGAGGUAAUUAAUGAAAAGGACCGCUGUAAAAAAUGUGAAGGGAAGAAGGUGAUUAAAGAAGUCAAGAUUCUUGAAGUCCACGUAGACAAAGGCAUGAAACAUGGACAGAGAAUUACAUUCACUGGGGAAGCAGACCAGGCCCCAGGAGUGGAACCAGGAGACAUUGUUCUUUUGCUACAAGAAAAAGAACAUGAGGUGUUCCAGAGAGAUGGAAAUGAUUUGCACAUGACAUAUAAGAUAGGACUCGUUGAAGCUCUGUGUGGAUUUCAGUUCACAUUUAAGCACCUUGAUGGACGUCAGAUUGUGGUGAAAUACCCCCCUGGCAAAGUAAUUGAACCAGGCUGUGUCCGUGUAGUUCGAGGUGAAGGAAUGCCACAAUAUCGUAAUCCCUUUGAAAAAGGUGAUCUUUACAUAAAGUUUGAUGUGCAGUUUCCUGAAAACAACUGGAUCAACCCAGACAAGCUUUCUGAACUAGAAGAUCUUUUGCCAUCUAGACCAGAAGUUCCAAACAUAAUUGGAGACACAGAGGAGGUAGAGCUUCAGGAAUUUGAUAGCACUCGGGGCUCAGGAGGAGGUCAGAGGCGUGAAGCCUAUAAUGAUAGCUCUGAUGAAGAAAGCAGUAGCCAUCAUGGACCAGGAGUGCAGUGUGCUCAUCAGUAAACUCUGCAGUCAAAUUGCACAGGUGGAUUUUCUCUCCACGUUUGCCUGGUUUGUUUUCAGCGAUUCAGCUGGAGAAAGUCUGGUCAACCCAGAUGAACUGAUGGACGUCUGUUGGUCUAUGUGUAACUUUUAAAAUUGGUAUAGUAUCUACAGAGUGUAUAAUUUAAACUAACCACAAAGCUUUACAUCUUCAUUUCAACUGUUCUGUAGCAGAAUAAAGCACUUGAAAGGAAACAAGACUCCCUUUCACACAUGGGUUAUAAGUUUCAGUCCUGGUAUCUGUGCUUGAUUUUUACCAGUUUUGUGUAGAUUUUAUGUUUCAUAUUUUAAAUUCAAAUCCCACAUUGUAAAGUUUGUGUACAAUUUGUCCUGAAGCUUUGUGUUUGGCUGCACCUGCAUAAGCUGCUACAAAUAGAAUAAAGAACUUCAUAGCCUGUAUCUAUCAUUUAGAUGCAUGGGAAAAUGGGCUUUGCACACAGUGGGUUUGGAGCUGACUGGGAACAAUGGAAAAAUAACAUUAGCUGAGCUGUGGUUGUAAAGUGUUUUGGUUCUCCCCCUCCUUUUUUUUUUCUUUUUCUUUUUUUUCCUUUUUUUCCCUUUUUUCUUUUUUUUUUCUUUCUUUCUUUCUUUCUUUUUUUUUUUUACCGUCUUGUGAAAGGUUUCUGAAACUCGAUAAUAAAAAGCAGUUGGUGUAAAUUAUUCUUUGUCUCACAUUUUUAGAAGGAAGAACAUAUUUUGAACUGUAAAAUGUAUCCUUAAACCAGAGAAUGUAUCCUCAGUUCUGGUUCUUAAACAGCCCUUAAAAACCCAUUGGCCUGAAGCUUAUGCCUUAGGCACCUGCCCGUUUUAUAGUUUCAGGGGACAAAAGAAAGUUUGAUAUGUUGGUAGAAACAGGCUUUAUUGGCUUCAAUUAACGCUUUGUAGAGUCAAGGACAUCGGAGUUAUGUAACUCCUAAGUUCUGAUCCUGAGCAUCAGGGUCGGGUUAACCCAGCCUCUGUAUUUCCCCACCCCCACCCCCUUUAAAAAAAUAAGGUAACGGCAAAUCAAUACUAGAACCAUGUCUGCAUAGAAACUGUUAAAAUGCUCUGUUUUCAUUAAAUGUUAAGUUAAAGAUUC